ACGAGGACCUGGACCAGGACUGGGGUGCCACAUCGUUCUCCUCUCUGCAGGGGGAGUCCAAGUUCCCCCCUGGACCCGAGUACCUGAACAUCUCCCAGAACUCCCUCCUGAACUAUGAUGUCAUCGACAAUCCGGACUAUAAGAGCAACUUCCUGCCGCUGACGGAGGCUCUGAACGAGGACAGGAAGUUCCUCCCGGCAGCGGAGAACCUGGAGUACCUGGGUCUGGGUACUGCGCUGCACGCUCCUGUCCGCUAGGGGGCAGCAGAGUCCAGACCUGAAAGCUCUGAAACAGAACCACAACUGAAAACUGGAUCAGGUGUCAGGAAACUGUUGAA